AUUUUUAUUUAUUGUCAUGUCUGUAGAAAAAAAUUUAUAAAAUCGUUUCGCAUGUAAAAUGUUUUGUUAUUUGGUCUUUUAAUAAAAUCUUAUUUACAAAAUUUAAACAAUGAUAAUUAAUAAAUAUUUAAUAAUUUAUUUAACAACACUAACACUUCCAUCAAUUGUAUUAUGUCUAAGAAAAUAUUCAACAGCUCGAAAGGUAAAGUUAAGAGAAGAAGUUCGUAAUAUGUUUCAACAUGCCUACGAAGGAUACAAUCGACAUGCCAGUGGUUAUGACGAAUUAAGACCACUUACGUGUGAUGGCAUUAAUACUUGGGGUAGUUACUCUUUGACUUUAAUUGAUGCCCUCGACACGUUAGCUGUUAUGGGCAACUAUACAGAGUUUCGACGUGUUGCCAAAUUAAUUAGUGAACGAAAAGACUUUGAUGCCGAUAUAAAUGUUUCAGUAUUUGAGACGAAUAUUCGCAUUGUUGGGGGCUUGCUUAGUGCACAUUUAAUGUCCCACAAAGCUGGUAUGGAAUUAGAACCUGGCUGGCCCUGUAAUGGGCCUUUGCUUAGACUAGCCGAAGAUGUGGCAAAGCGAAUAUUGCCGGCAUUUGAUACUAAAACUGGAAUGCCCUAUGGCACAGUCAAUCUAAGACAUGGAGUUCCUCCUGGGGAGACACCAGUUACAUGUACGGCUGGUGUGGGAACUUUUAUAAUCGAGUUCGGCGCACUUAGUCGUUUAACUGGUGACCCUAUAUACGAAGAAGUUGCUUUAAAUGCUAUCUAUUCGUUGUGGGAACAUCGUUCGCCUAUUGGCUUACUGGGAAACCAUAUCGAUGUACAAACAGGAAGAUGGACAGCUCAAGAUGCUGGCAUUGGUGCCGGAGUUGAUUCGUUCUUUGAGUAUCUGGUAAAAGGUUCAAUAAUGCUUAAUCGACCUGAUUUAUUAGAAAUGUUUCAUGAAGGUCGUGCUAAAAUCGACAAGUAUAUGAAACGUGAUGAUUGGUAUGUGUGGGUUGGAAUGAAUAAGGGACAAGUUACAUUACCUGUGUUCCAGUCGCUAGAAGCUUAUUGGCCAGGUGUGUUAAGUUUAAUUGGUGAUAUUAGUCCAGCUAUGAAAACAUUACACACUUAUCAUACUGUCUGGAGGCAGUAUGGAUUUUUGCCAGAGUUUUAUAAUAUUCCUGCAGCUGAAGCUGGAGCGAAUAGGGAAAGUUAUCCUCUGAGACCGGAAUUAGCUGAAUCAGCGAUGUACUUGCAUAGAGCAACAAAGGAUCCAUUUCCGUUGGAAGUAGGAGAAGAUAUGAUAACAAGUAUUCAAUAUAGUGCAAAAACUUCUUGUGGAUAUGCAACGAUAAGAAACGUACGCGACCACCGCAAAGACAAUCGAAUGGAAUCAUUCUUCCUCUCUGAAACCACAAAAUAUCUUUAUCUGCUCUUCGACGAGAACAAUUUCUUACACAAUGACGGUGGUCAUGGUACACUCCAUGAAACACCCAAUGGUAUGUGCAUUAUUGAUGCCGGUGGUUAUAUAUUUAAUACCGAAGGUCAUCCAAUUGAUCCAUCAGCUCUGCAGUGCUGUCAUGAACUCCCCGGCAAAGGGAUGUUUGGCGAUUUCGAUUUUUCAAGUUAUGAGAAAGACUUGCGUAUGCAUAAUGAACGUCAACGUCGCAAGGAAGAACUUGAAAAACAAAAAAAAUACACUUGUCCGGAAAGUAAAAUUCAAUUUGAUACCAAACGCACCGACGAGAAGCUAUCAAUUGAUAUUGAAGUGGUUGAUACAAAAGAAAGUGGAGUCGAUUUGGCCAAUGAGAUGUUGGAGAACUUUAAAAAAAUCCAAAAUGAAGCACUCAAUCCCCAACAUCAAUUUGAAGAUUUUUCCAUCAAAGAUAUACUCGAGGCUAUGGAAGAAGUGAGUACAAUUGAUGAAAUGCCCACCGCUUUAUUAGACUUUAUGAAAACUCGCAUUAUUGACCCUGCCAAAAUAAGACAUCUCUUCCAAAUCAAUUCGUCUACUCUAAUGGAAAUGGAUUUAUCAAAACCCCGUUCGAUCUGGAGUUUGUAUGUGGAACAACAUAAAUUGCGUGCCAAUAUUGUUGUAGUUGAGACAUUGAAUUUACAAAAAUUUGACAAAUAUCAAAAUGAAACGCAUGCAGUUCUAAAUGAAAUCUUAGAAUUACUUAAUACAACAUUAAUGGAUUUGGAAAAAUUGGUUAAUAGUUCAAGAGUUUUGCGAAUUAUUUUAACUGCUCAACAAUGGUAUAGAACAAAAAUGACCAAUGCCAGUGAUAUGCUCGAAUUUACAAGACUCUUUGCUAUCGAUAGCAAAGAUGAAACUAAUUUCCCUGCUUUGCUGGAAGCUAAGAAGAAACUCGCCUCAUUGCCCAUUCUUGAUGUACCAAAAGAACAUUCAAUUGAUUUGGAACUUUUUGAAAAGUUGAAUAAACUUGCUCGAUUUAAGAAACGUAUGAUUGAUACAUUCCAGAAAUUGCAAUCUUUAAUUGAAAGCAAUGACAAAGAGACAAAGGAGGUUGACGAAGAACAAUCAACAACAUCACAACCAUCUGCAUUGACUGAAGAGGAGGAAAAUAAAUCUACCAAAGAUAACAUUGUACCUAAGAAUGAUGAUCUAAUUUCAGUAGAUUCAGAAAGAACAAGUGCUGAAGAAGAAACAACUGACGCCCCAUCUUCACCUGAAAAAUAUUUCAAACAGAAGCCAGCUGAUUCAACUGGCGAAGAGACUACAAACAAUUCCAUUCUAACGGAUUUUGUUCAUUCGAUAAUUAAAUCAACAUUACCGCAAAAGCCAAAGUUCGAUGAGCAAAUGUUUUUGAAAAGGAUACGCGCCCAGGGUAUUUAUAUGAAUCGGGAGCAGAAAUAUGAACUUUUGUCGUGUAAAGCGCCAAAGUUUUUAGAACGAUUUGCUCAUCGUUAUCAAGUUGUGUGAUGAAUGUAAUGUUCAAUUGGUUUGGAAGACCACCUAGAGCGUGAUGGUAUUAAGACACUAUUUUUGAUAAUUCAAUAAAAAAAGCGUAUUUAAAAAAAUGAUGAUAA